CGCUGUGGGGCCGGGCUGCGCCGUGCUGGAGGCGGCCUUCCAGCGGUACUGGGCGCUGCUCUUCGCCGCCGCCCGCCCGACCGAGAAUGAGCCAUCCUGGGGGAUGCCCUGCACUCAGCUCCUGGUCUUUGUUGCCACACCGGGCUGUGAUGGGUUUCCCAGCCUGGACUCCAAGGAGAGCUAUAAGCUGUCUGUCUUGGAAGGCUCCUUGCUGCUCUCUGCGGAUGCUGUCUGGGGAGCUCUCAGAGGCCUGGAAACAUUCAGCCAGCUCGUUGGGAGAGAUGAGAACGGCACGUACUACAUCAACAAGACAGAAAUUGUGGAUUUUCCCCGCUUCCCUCACCGGGGACUGUUGCUGGACACCUCUCGUCACUACCUGCCCCUGAGAGCCAUCCUGGAAACUCUGGAUGUCAUGGCUUACAACAAGUUCAAUGUGUUUCACUGGCACAUUGUGGACGACCCGUCUUUCCCCUAUGAGAGCUUGACUUUCCCAGAGCUCAGCAAGCAGGGAGCCUUCAAUGCUAUGACCCACGUGUACACAGCCAGUGACGUGCAGACAGUGAUUGAGUAUGCCCGGCUGCGUGGCAUCAGAGUCAUUGCAGAGUUUGACACUCCUGGGCACACCCUCUCCUGGGGUCCAGGUGCUCCGGGCCUCCUGACUCCCUGCUAUUUGGGCAAGGAUCCUUCUGGGACCUAUGGGCCCAUCAACCCCAUUCUUAACAGCACCUACCAGUUUGUGACCAGUUUGUUUCAAGAGGUCAGCGCUGUGUUCCCAGACUUCUUUCUUCACCUUGGUGGUGAUGAGGUGGACUUCACCUGCUGGAAGUCCAAUCCGAAAAUUCGUGCCUUCAUGAAGGAGAUGGGCUUUGGUGAAGAUUACAAAAAAUUAGAGUCGUUCUACAUCCAGAGGCUUCUGGAUAUCAUCUCUUCCCUCAGCAAAGGUUACAUUGUGUGGCAGGAGGUCUUUGACAACAGAGUGAAGGUGAGGCCAGAUACCAUCAUCCACGUGUGGAAGGAGAACUCCAUACCGUACAUGGAGGAGAUGGCGAAUGUCACCAAGGCUGGCUACCGGGCUCUGCUCUCUGCCCCCUGGUACCUCAACCGCAUCUCCUAUGGGCAGGACUGGAUGGCAGCCUACCAGGUGGAGCCCUUGAAGUUCGAAGGCAGCCCUGAGCAGAAGGAUCGGGUGAUCGGCGGAGAGGCGUGCAUGUGGGGCGAAUACGUGGACGUCACUAACCUGGCCCCCAGGCUCUGGCCGAGAGCUGGGGCCGUAGCCGAGAGACUGUGGAGUAACGCGACUGUCAGGGACCUGCAAGAUGCCUACGUGCGGCUGGCCGACUUUCGCUGCAAGCUUCUCAGGCGUGGUGUCCAGGCGCAGCCUCUCUACAUAGGAUACUGUGAAAAUGAAUUCGACUCCGUCCCUGCAGAGAGAAGGUGAUGAAAAGGUGUGGGCUCCCCCAGUUUUUUCACCUUGACCUCCCACCGUCUGCACCUGACCAAGGCACUACCUGUGCCAGGACAGGUGACACCCCACCUUGGGUUUGCUUCUGUGGCCUUCCGUGCACCAGCGGUCAACUUUGUGGUGGUGGUUCCUCUCCUUGUCUCUCUCUCUUCUCUCUCUGCCUACGUCCGGGCAGAAGGCUUGCCUGCAAGCCACCGUCUCUGCUGUCCUAAACCGUGUCUGCAGCCAUCUCCUCUUCUGGCUUAUCCCGAGAAGAAGACAGUCUGAAGCUUCUCCAAGGAGACCUUGCAAACCUGGUGUGAGCGGUGUGUAGAUAUUACGGAGUCACUGCUCAGCUCUUCAAUCAGCUGUUGCGUCUGCUCAAGAUUUGGCCAACUGAUCCAUCCUCCAACAGCGCAGGCACUGUUGUCCUUGGGGUGGGGAGCUCAGCUCCAGGUCUCCUACAUCCAGAGGGGUUUGGUUUGGAUAGUAUCCUCCUUGGAGAAGAGAGUGGUGGUACUACUGUCCCGCAGAGCUGGGACAGCCGUGGUUCUUGUCCUUUGAUGGUUGUGGUUGCUGCACUGGAAACCCUGUCCAGCUGGAAUGGGGUGAUCUCUCGAGGAGAAA